AAUGACGUAUUACCCGGAACAGGAAACAUUCGAUCUUAGCACAAAUCCAGAACAACAACAUCAGUUUGGUAAAGUUGGCUACAUUUAGCCCUUAACAUGGAGACACGCUUCACCAGAGGGAAGUCGGCUAUUUUGGAGCGAUCACUCACGCGUCCUAAAACGGAGGUCAGCGUGAGUGCAUUUGCGUUGCUCUUCUCCGAGAUGGUACAGUACUGUCAGAGUCGAGUCUACUCCGUGUCCGAGCUUCAGGCUCGCCUGGCGGACAUGGGUCAGGGCGUGGGUGCCAGCCUUCUGGAUGUGCUGGUGCUGAGAGAGAAGAACGGUAAAAGAGAGACAAAAGUACUGAACAUCCUGCUUUUCAUUAAGGUGUCUGUGUGGAGAUCCCUGUUCGGGAAGGAGGCAGACAAGCUGGAGCAGGCCAACGACGAUGACAAGACCUACUACAUCAUUGAGAAAGAGCCCCUCAUCAAUGCCUUCAUCUCGGUACCCAAGGAGAACAGCACCCUCAACUGUGCAGCCUUCACUGGGGGCAUCGUGGAAGCCAUCCUCACCCACAGUGGCUUCCCUGCCAAGGUGACCGUACACUGGCACAAGGGCACCACUCUCAUGAUCAAGUUUGACGAGGCAGUCAUCGCCAGAGACAAAGCGCUGGAGGGCAGAUAGAGGGAGGGUGAGAGAGGAGGAACAGCGGACGGUGUGAAUUGACUCGUAUUAGGUCCGUGUUUGUCGGUCAUUUUCUUUUUUGUAGAGGUUCAAGGAUUGUGACGAGUCAUAAAGGGUGUUUGAUUCUUGUGCAGUUCAAGCUGACUAGCUGUCUUGUUGAAAUAAAAAUGAGUUUCACUUCAGUAGCCAGUAUUUAGUCUGCUUUGAUGAACGACAACAACAUGGGGACACAGAUAGGAACCAUCUGUGUGUUAUGAUCAGUUAAGAUAUGUACAGUAGAAGAAGAAUACUCAUUCAAAAGAAAGUAGAAUAGAUACUGUAAUGGCAGUUUGGGUGAGGUUGGGUAAAUGAAAUGACGUUUGUUUAAUCUGAUGAACGUUUAGCAACAUACAUACAAGUAUGUUUUAGUCUUUUUGGAAUCAUCUGAUUAACUGGCAGCACUUUAAACUAAGUAAAAUGCAUUUGCAUUGACAUCUUGUGGGUGUACCAUGUCAGUGUCAGUUCAAACCUGUAAGCGUCAUUGAAAAAUGUAAAUACAAUAAGAUAUACAGUUAUCUGUUAUUGUUUUUUGACUUGCAUGUGUAGUGUAUAGUUUAUAGCUUGUAUAUUGCUUGUCAAGCUGAAAAUAAAAUGCUCAAACGAA